GACAUGUUUGCAUCAACCUACCGGUGAUGCACCUUUGAUCAAUAGAUUUUAGACAAAAGUGGCUUUUGAGUCCAAAGAUCAGGGCUGGGUUGACCUGCAGGGCAGAUCCAGGGUGUAUAAAAACAGGGGCAAGGCGCGGGCUGAUAGAAGAGCAAUCACCACCAAGUCCGUCAUCGCAGCAAGGGCUCAGCUGAAGGCUGGCCGAGGCAUCAGGAGUGAGGAUGGAGCAAGGAAUGAAUGCCCUUCAUGACUUUGGGAUCCAGUCAACGCACUACCUCCAGGUGAAUUACCAGGACUCUCAGGAUUGGUUCAUCUUGGUGUCCAUGAUCGCAGACCUCAGAAAUGCCUUCUAUGUCCUCUUCCCCAUCUGGUUCCAUCUCCGUGAAGCUGUAGGCAUCAAGCUCCUCUGGGUAGCGGUGAUUGGAGACUGGCUCAACCUCGUCUUUAAGUGGAUUCUGUUUGGACAGCGUCCAUACUGGUGGGUCAUGGACACAGAUUACUACCGCAACACAUCUGUGCCGCUGAUAAAGCAGUUUCCAGUCACCUGCGAGACUGGACCAGGGAGUCCCUCUGGUCAUGCCAUGGGCACAGCGGGUGUAUACUAUGUGAUGGUCACAUCCACCCUGGCUAUCUUCCGGGGGAAGAAAAAACCAACCUACAGAUUUCGGUGCUUGAACGUCGCUUUGUGGUUGGGAUUCUGGGCCGUGCAGCUGAACGUCUGUCUGUCCCGAAUCUACCUCGCCGCUCAUUUUCCCCAUCAGGUUGUUGCCGGAGUCCUGUCAGGCAUUGCUGUGGCUGAAACUUUCCGCCACAUCCAGAGCAUCUACAACGCCAGCCUCAAGAAGUACUUCCUCGUCACCUUCUUCUUGUUCGGCUUUGCCAUUGGAUUUUACCUGCUGCUCAAGGGGCUCGGCGUAGACCUCCUGUGGACGCUGGAGAAAGCCCAGAGAUGGUGCCAGCGGCCGGAAUGGGUCCACAUUGACACCACGCCCUUCGCCAGCCUCCUCAAGAACGUGGGGACCCUCUUCGGCCUGGGGCUGGCUCUCAACUCCAGCAUGUACAGGGAGAGCUGCAAGGGAAAGCUCAGCAAAUGGUUCCCGUUCCGCCUCUGCUGCAUCGUGGUCUCUCUUGUUCUCCUGCACCUCUUUGACUCUCUGAAGCCCCCGUCCCAAGUGGAGCUGAUCUUCUACGUCCUGUCCUUCUGCAAGAGUGCGGCCGUGCCCCUGGCAUCUGUCAGUCUCAUCCCUUACUGCCUUGCCCGGGUCCUGGGCCAGCCGGACAAGAAGUCUUUGUAAGGGCCUCGGAGCCUGCAGAGUUCAAGUUCAACUACCGACAGACCAAGCCAACCCCUGAGGGAGGCUAGGGUCUUCUGCCAGCCCAGAGGCCAGAGGUGCUGGAGUCAGCCCGGCGACCCCUCCCUCCAUUGCAAUUCCAAUUGUAUUGGGUGGGGGUUUUUUUGGAAAGCAAAUAAGGCUAGUUGAGAAAGCCUUAUCUGUUAGGAGUUGGGUCCUUCUGGAUUUUUCCCUGAAGACUUACUUGCUCUUCUUUGAGAUAACACGAAAGUGAGACUUCCAGGUAGGGCCUGCUCGCCACCCAGGUUGGGGAUCUCAACUGAGAAUUUUCUGCCUGUCCCCAUCCUUACACAGAAAAGGGAAAGGAGAAAGGAGCGGUGGACUUGACAGAGAAAGAAGGAUGACGGGUUAAGGAAGACUUUUUCAUAUCCUGCACAUCUUGUAAAUUAUGUUAUACAAUAUCUAAAUGGCUUUGAUUAUAUUUGAGUCUUUAGGUAAGGCACUCUUAAUAGUGGAGGACCAACUUAGAGUAUAAUUAAUGGGUAAUUAGUGGGGUGAUUCUGCUUCUUAUAUUUUUCUGUUAUAUAUCCAAGGUCUUUGCAUUUACCGGGAUUCCUGAAUGGCCGCAGUAACCUUGAUUUGUACUGGGUCAGAGCAUUCAGAUAUAAUCAAUUUCUCCUCUAUCACCCUAGAUCUCCCUCCUUGUUAGCCCUGCUCUGCUUUCCCUAGAAUUUUCCACUGGCUCCACAUCCUGUCGGAUACAGAGAUGCCUAAAAGCAGCUCUGGGGCAGUGCUUGUGUAUGGUUUAGUUAAACUCUGAAAUCUUGGACAAAAAAGCGAGGAGAAGGCAGGAGAGGCAAGGAAUCCUCUCCCCAGAAGGUCACUCCAAUGUUACUUUUGAUUCCUACAGGGUAAAUAUGACUCCUUUCUCUAUCCCAAGACAACCAAAAGCACAUUCUUAGAGGAAAAGCCAGCUUUCCUUUGCCUGUUCUUAAGUCUCAACUGAUUCGCAGAAUAUGUCUUAAAAAGAAUGUUUAAGCCUAUUUAUUUGAGAGUCCUUGUUUUUACUACUAAUUAUACAGUUCACCAUAUAUUACCAUUCACACCAGCCAUCCUGGUCAUAACAUCUUUGAAAAGGAAAAUAUAUAUGUGCAGUAUUUUAUUAAAACAACAUUUUAUUUAAGAACGAAGUCUUGCUGAUUACUGUAUUUUAGAUGCAAUUCGAUCUGAAGGUUCUAAUUCUGGCUCGGCUAAAUUUCUAGCUCUUUUUCUAUUUCCCUAAACAAAUCAUUUAGUCUCUGUGUACCUAUAUUUUCCCUUCGGAGAAAGAGAGUCUGGGGCUGGCCAGGAGUGCCCGUGGAGCUGGGGGGCCUACAAAGUGUCCACGGGGGCACAGAUAGUGUGGAGGGCAUCGGCCAAGAUUGAACAUUAGUUACCAGACCACAACAGGUCAGCAGGAGUGGCUUAAAGGGAUCAAGCUGCAACUUAAAGACAAAUACACAGGGUCAUUAACCAAACCAAGCAAUCAGGGAAUAUAAGUCACAGCAGCAGAAAAAGACCAGGUAGACUCUGGAAUCCAGGAAGCUGGUAUCAGCAAGGUUUGGGGUUAUGGUUAAAGAAAGUCAAAACAGGGGCCCCUGGGUGUCUCAGUGGGUUAAAGCCUCUGCCUUCGGCUCAGGUCAUCAUCAGGGUCCUGGGAUCAAGCCCCGCAUCGGGCUCUCUGCUUGGCGGGCAGUCUGCUCCCCCCGCUCCUUCUCUCUGCCUGUCUCUCUGCCUACUUGUGAUCUCUGUCUGUCAAAUAAAUAAAUAAAAUCUUAAAAAAAAAAAAAAAAAGAAAGAAAGUCAAAACAGAAUGAGUCGUAGCAACACGGAAACCUCAAGGGACUUCUUGAAGUUUUCUCCCCAAAUGAUUCAUUUCAUCCUGGGUGCGGGGACACCCCCUCCAAAGGCCUAGCCCUGGAUCUAGGAAGACAUCUGCUCACUUCCUUCAGAACUUUGGAAAGCGUGUCUUCAGGAAAGUAGAGUCCUCCUUCUGGAUUUGGGUUCUUAAGGGGCCAUGUAGCCCCUCGGAGACUCUACUGGCCUUCCAGACGGAGAAGGGAAUGGUCUUGUUCUGUCUAAACUGAGCACCAUUGCUCCGGCCUGACCCCUCUCCUUGAUGAUUAAUUUGUUCUCAGGGACCAGGUCCAGGUUCCUCGCAAUAGGACUCUGGCAGAAAGUGAGUAGUUCCCCUGCCCUUGGCAGUUGGUAAGGUCUAUGGGGACACAGAAUAGAUCAAAUUUACUGAGUACUUCUUCUAUGCCAAGCUCUGUUCUCUGCAUUUGAUUUAUUCAUACAACUAAUUCACUUAAUUCUCCCAAGCUGGGGGCUGUAAUUUAUCCAUAGACAUUACAUAUGAAUAAUGAGAGGGGAUAGGUAUCUUGCCCAGAAUGAGGAAGCCAGUUUAAGAACCAAGCAGCCUGGGGCACCUGGCUGGCUCAGUGGGUUAAAGCCUCUGCCUUUGGCUCGAUCGUGAUCCCAGAGUCCUGGGAUCGAGCCCCGCAUCUGGGCUCUCUGCUCAGCGGAGAGCCUGCUUCCACCUCUCUCUGCCUGCCUCUCUUCCUACUUGUGAUUUCCACCUGUCAAAUAAAUAAAUAAAACCUUUAAAAAAAAAAAAAAAAAAGAACCAAGCAGCCUGAUUCCAGAGUCCACAUGCCCCCACCCGUAGCCCCUCCCGGGGAUGGAUGCCAGUAAUCCUGGCAGCUCUUUCCAGGUGGCUCCGCCCGGUAGAGCAUGAAACUCUGGAUCUCAGCAUCCUUAGUUCAAGCCCCACACUGGGUGUGGAGCGCCUAAAAAUUAAAAAAUUAAAAAAACAAAAAAACACUGGCGGCUGUUUCAAACCAUCCUUCAGAUGCCAGAUACAACUUUAAAUUCAGCCCAGAGAGAAUUUGUUUUCUUGUGGCUGAAGGAAUUAUAAAACUUUGAGUGAUCCUCCCAGUGAGCUGGUCUUAGUUUCUAAGUAGGAAGACACCAUAUUUCAAAGGCAGUUUUAUAAAAUAACUGUUAGAACAGGGAUAACCAUAUUAGUUUAACUUGAGCUCUUUCUUUC